CUGGGCAGGACAGGAAACGGGACGCGAGGAACGCGCAGCAAUCUCCGUUCUCCGGGAGAGAGAAUGGGAGAGGAACCCGAAAUGUGUCAGUAGAAGACUAGAAGGAUUGAAUCGGACAAAUUAAUAAUUUGCCUUUUUAGUAGAUAUAUAUAUCGCGCUGUUUAGCACAAGGGACGUGGGAUAUUUACCUUUAACAUUAUUCUUAAUAAUUAUCGGCUGUUUUCAUUGCAUAAAAGAAUUGCAGAGCUCUUCGCCGCUGGGCACAAGUUAACUUCAGUUUGGACAUUUUGAACCGAGUGAAAGAGAAAAAACACUAUACCAAAGCAGAUAUGGAGCAGGUAUCAGAUGAUGAGUUGGACCAUGCUGCUGAAGAAGACAGCGAUAAGGAGGACCAGGAUCUGGACAAGAUGUUUGGUGCCUGGUUGGGAGAACUGGACAAACUCACACAGAGUUUGGAUGAUGGGCGUCCUGAGAAAGUGCAGAAAGCUCCUCUCAGACAGGAAACAAACCUUGCCAAUUUCUCCUACCGUUUCUCUAUGUACAACAUCAACGAAGCCAUUAACCAAGGCGAGACAGUGGACCUGGAUGCCCUCAUGGCCGACCUGUGUUCAAUAGAACAAGAGCUCAGCACUAUCGGCAAACCCAUGAGCAAGCCCUCAGAUGGCAAAUCUAGACAAAGACCCACAGGCCGCUCGGCCAGCACCAAACACACCGGAGGGGGCAGCAGCGGAGGAAGCACCAGCAGCAGCACCAGAGCUUCUCCGGCCUCCACCGUACGCGGUGGCAGCAGUCAGUCACGGCCCCUGGCCUCCAACUUCUCCCUGGAUGACAUCACUGCUCAGCUAGAAAAGGCGUCCCUGAGCAUGGACAAGGCGGCGAGGCAGACUUCUGAAUCGUCCUCAUCAUCUUCCUCCUCAUAUUCAUCUGCAACUCUCUCUCACCCGCCUUCUAACGCACACCAUCGCCGUACAGGAUCGGUUGGGACGGUCAGUGACCAGGAAGUGCGCUCCAUCGGUCAUUCAUCCAGGUCAAGCGUCAACUCUGCCUCGGCAUCCAGCAUGGAUUCACUUGACAUUCGAGGGCAGGAGAAUGAGGCGCAGUCACAGAAUCAGAGCCAAAGCCAGACUAGCACAGAGCAUGUCUCACUGCGAAGGGCCAAUGGUAAAGCUACCAGACGGCAUCUUGACUUCACCUCACAGGAGGGGGAGGUGGAUCAAAGUACUCACUCGUAUCUGGACAGGGAGACCUCUCUGAUUCUGAAAAACAUUGCAGGAAAACCCUCUCACCUGCUGACCAAGGAGGAACAGGCUGCCAAAGCUAAGGCUGAGAAAAUCCGUGUGGCGCUAGAGAAAAUUAAAGAAGCCCAGGUUAAAAAGCUGGUGAUACGUGUUCAUAUGUCAGAUGAGAGCUCAAAGACCAUGAUGGUUGAUGAGAGGCAGACGGUCAGGCAGGUGCUGGACAGUCUGCUGGAUAAAUCUCACUGCGGUUACAGUCCGGACUGGGCCCUGGUUGAGACCAUCCCUGAGCUACAGAUGGAGAGAAUUUUUGAAGACCAUGAGAACCUGGUGGAGAACUUGCUCAACUGGACCAGAGACAGUCAAAACAAACUCAUGUUCAUUGAACGGAUUGAAAAGUAUGCACUUUUCAAAAAUCCACAGAACUAUUUACUUGGGAGGAAGGAGACCUCUGAGAUGGCAGACAGAAACAAGGAGGCAUUGCUGGAGGAAUGUUUUUGUGGAAGCUCAGUGUCUGUUCCUGAAAUUGAGGGAGUGUUGUGGUUGAAGGAGGAUGGCAAAAAGUCUUGGAAGAAGCGCUACUUUCUGCUGAGAGCAUCUGGCAUCUAUUUUGUGCCGAAGGGCAAAGCCAAGGCUUCAAGGGAUUUGGUGUGCUUCCUGCAGUUGGACCAUGUUAAUGUUUAUUAUGGUCAGGACUACCGGAGCAAGUACAAGGCCCCCACUGACUACUGCCUGGCCCUCAAGCACCCUCAGAUACAGAAGAAGUCACAGUAUAUCAAAUACCUGUGCUGUGAUGAUGUCAGAACUCUACACCAGUGGGUUAAUGGCAUUCGUAUUGCUAAGUAUGGGAAGCAAUUGUAUGUGAACUACCAGGAAGCCAUGAAGCGCACAGAAGCUGCCUAUGACUGGUCUUCUCUCUCCAGUACCAGCAUCAGGUCGGGAACAAGCUCAGUCAGUAUACCUGAAUCACAGUCAAACCACUCUAGCCAAGCAGACAGUGGUAUGUCAGAUGGUACUUCGUCCUCCCAUGCCCGUUCCCAGAGUGUAGUCAGUUCAAUCUUCUCUGAGGCCUGGAAGAGAGGGACGCAAAUAGAAGAGAGCACAAAGGCAAGACCAGAAUCAAUGCGUUCUACCCAUUCAAGCCAUAGCAGCCAUUCUUCUCAUCAUGUGCCUCAACAGCAGCAUCCACACCCACUGCAACAGCCACAUUCACAUUCAAUUCCACAGUCACGUGGAAGUGUCACCCAGGCACCGACACAGGCACCAAUACAGACACCGAUACAGGCACCAGCACAAAUACCACCCCAGGCAACUCCAGCCCCACCACCGCCACCUCCUCCACCCCCUCCUCCUCCUAUUUCCAAUAUCCCCCACCAUGCCACACCUACCAUGUUCGCCAAAUACAGCACUAUCACUCGGCUGCAGAAUGCCUCUCAGGCCACAAGUCACCACAAACCUCAGCCUCAAGUCCAGCAGCAAGUGCCACCAGUCCCACCGGCCUCCAAACCACAAUCGAACAAUAUUCCACCAGGGGCUAACAUCCCACCCCCUCCUCCUCCACCUCCACCUGCCUCAAUGCCUCCACCUGGAUCAGCCAUGGCUGUUUUGAAGCUUGGUCCUCCAGCCCCAGCAACAGUUUUACAGUCCUCCCCUCCUCCUCCUCCCCCCUCACCUCCACCACGUCCUCCCAUAAUGCCCAUGCUGUCACAGCCUCUACCGCCUCCACCUCCCAUAAGGCCAAUGCAGUCACAGCCUUUACCACCUCCUCCUCCCAUAAGGCCAAUGCAGUCACAGCCUUUACCACCUCCUCCUCCCAUAAUGCCAAUGCAGUCACAGCCCUUACCACCUCCUCCUCCCAUAAUGCCAAUGCAGUCACAGCCUUUUCCACCUCUUCCUCCCAUAAUGCCAAUGCAGUCACAGCCUUUACCACCUCCUCCACCCAUAAUGCCCGUGCAGUCACAGCCUUUACUGCCUCCUCCACCUCCCAUAAUGCCAAUGCAGUCACAGACUUUACCACCUCCUCCUCCCAUAAUGCCAAUGCAGUCACAGCCUUUACCACCUCCUCCACCCCCUCUUCAGGCUAAUGGCCUUCCCCCUCCUCCACCAUCCUCGACAGUACAGGCACCUUUCAUAACCAAUGGACUCAAGAAGGUCCUUGCCCACAAAUUUCCCAAUGUCCCCCAGGAUAUAAUACCCCAGGCCAAUCAGAUCCAUUCUCCUCCUCCACCUCCUCCUCCUCCAGUGUCAGGCUCCCCUAUCAGGAAGUCCCCUUCUGGCUCAUCUGCAGGUGUCAAGAAACCUCCACUGACACCUCAGUGCAACUCCAGUGCGAAGUACAAUGCCUCGGUGGAGUACCAGGAGUCCCGCAGGAACUUGGGGAGCAAGUUUAACCCUAGUUCAUCGUUGACAUCAAGCUCCAGUAGCUCACCUUCCAAAGAGCUUUCCACAGGUCCUCGGGCACCCCCCAAACCAGGAAAGCUCAAUCUGGCAAAUCUUCCUUUGGCUUUGCAGAACAAAUUGAAUCAGAACCGCCAAUCCACUGCAGACUUCCCAUCCCCUCCACCCCCAGAAAAUGACAUCUUCCCCCCUCCCCCACUGGAGUCUGACCUCCCUCCACCACCGCCCCUUCCAGGUGAUCCAAAUGGUUUGUCUCCGAAAGUGGCUGUGGUCAAUCCUCAGCCCCAGCCUGCUUGGGGCAAGAGUUCACUGAAAAAGACGCAACCUCCAGCGUCAAUUCGCUGUAACAACACUAUUAGAGAGCCUCCACCACUCUCACCACCUUCCAUACAAGGGGGCCCUAUUCCCCCUUCUUCUCCUAAAGGCACCACGCAGCCAAACUUCUUGGAGGACCUUAACAAGACACUGAAACGCAAGUCCUCGCGAGUCUCUGGAGACAAAGUGGACCCUGUGGCCACAAUGGAUGACAUGGCUUUGCCACCACCUCCACCUGAGCUUCUGAAUGAUCAACAGAGACACAGUGGUAGUGGCUUCAUGUCCGGGAAUAUCUCAGGCUAUGCAACGCUACGGAGAGGGCCUCCUCCUGCCCCACCCAAGCGGGACCACAGCACCAAACUCACAAACUGAGAAAACUGCAACUUUUCCUGGACACCCUUGCUUGCUAUUUACAUGUCUCAUUGAAGCCAUCAUUUUGUUGGUAUGCUCAGCUUUUUCUGUACAAAACCGCUCAAGUAGUUUCAGCUUUACUGUGACUUUGUGACAGUGCAUCAGUUCCAGUUCCAAACAACGGAGUGAUUCCACUUCAACACCUUGGUACUGCAUGGAAGACAAAACUACAUUAAACUGUUAAUCUUAUUGAUUUUUGGGAAGACAAACAUUUUGAACUUUGGGGUUGGUGGGAUUUUUAAUUUUGAUUUCAUAUUGUUUUUAUAUUAUCGAUUAUUUAAUAAUCUGAAGAGAUUGUUAUUUCAGAUGGAAGUUUUUUAAAUGGUUGGAUGGUUAUUGAUGUUUGAGGAGUUUUAGAUGGGUAGGUUGAAUUAGGCAGUGUGUUUGGCUGGUAUAUUAGUUUGGCACAACUUUGACCAUUUAUAUGGCAGAUCCAGUGCUCAAUGGAUGCAUCUAGAAUGGAUCUUGAUCACUAUUGCUCUUUGAGCCACUAAGUGCAUUUUAGUUGUAUUUGUCAAAACUGUAACAUGAAGGACUUGUUGUUCAGGGAGUUGCCCCAAUGUCUAGUUCUGUGAGACUGUGGAAUGUUUGCUUUUUUUUUUUAUUAGACCCGUUUAAA